AUGGCACUUAUCAAAGCCGCCGACAUCCCUUCGCUCUCUCUCCUCUACAGGCUGCGCAAACUCUCGCCUGCUGCACCCGGCACGGAGCUCCCUCCCACCCAUCUGGGCCCCAAAACCGAUACCCCCCUCCCAGCGCCGUCUAAAUCGUUCAACGACCGCGUCGGUCUGCUGCGUGGCGACAUCACGUCUCUCGUCGUGGACGCCAUUGUCAACGCGGCGAACCGCUCGCUUCUCGGAGGCGGUGGCGUCGAUGGCGCGAUCCACAGGGUUGCCGGUCCCGAGCUUUACGACGAGUGCCAGCAGCUUGGCGGGUGCAAAACUGGUUCGGCGAAGAUCACUGGGGGCUACUCGUUGCCUUCGCGCCAUGUGAUUCAUGCCGUCGGCCCGAUCUACAACCACUUGAGCCCGGACGAUUCUGAGCGCCUGCUGACGGGCUGCUACACGCGUAGUCUGGAGCUGGCUGUAGAACACGGCUGCAAGACCAUCGCCUUUAGCGCCAUUAGCACAGGAGUGUAUGGCUACCCGAGCCGGGAGGCCGCGCCGGCAGCUCUAGGCGCUAUUCGCAAGUUUUUGGCUGGGCCGGAUGGUGCCAAGCUCGAUAAGGUGAUCAUUGUCACUUUCGAGAUGAAGGACCAAGACGCAUACAAGGAGUAUAUCCCACUCUACUUUCCCCCGAGCCACCAGAGCACCAAGAACACCGCAUCCCCCGAGAAAUUCAACGGCACAAAACAAACCGAGGCCGAACUCGACGCCGAAGCUCAAGCAGUCGCCAACGAGCUCCCCAGCGCCCCCACAUCCGAACCCUCGUCCUCCCGAUCCCCCGACGAGCCAGGCCACAUCGACAAGAAACAGAAACAGUCGACGGACUAA